UGGUAUUGAAUGAGACUAGUCCUAGAAUUGUUCACCACGGCAAUGAAAAAUCCUGUGCUACAAGCAAUCUGGCAUCACUGUCCGCGACAUCAUAUGAACGACCAAUUAGUGGCAAUAAUGAUUGUUGUGGAGAUAGUUGUCCACUAAUCACUAGAGAUCGUACCGUGCAUGACAAGGUUAAUGAGAAUAAAAAAGAUCACACAUUUAUUGAAGAAAAGCUGGAUGAUGACAGAAUGCAAGAUAUGUUCGAGAAGAAGUUGAUACACGUAAAAGAACUCAAUGCAGAUGUUUCCCUACACCAUCCAAAGGAGUAUUUGGAGGCGUUGGAUAUAAUCAAUGUGAACAAGGAGUUAUUAGUAAAGAUUUUACAUGAUGCCGGCUCUCCUUUAGCUGCGCACUUCCAUAAUCAGCAAGCUUUCAUUGCUAAAAUGGGUUUAACUAAGUCAGAGUCAUUCCCUAUCAAGCUCAGGCACAAGCAUGAAUUCACAGGGUCUCCUUAAAAGAGGAAAGCAAGUCGAAAAACAGUAGCAAAACAAAGAAGUUAGCAGGGUCGUCUUCUUUGAAAUAUGCUGGUGAACGCUCAAUUCCAUCGAUCACUGAGCACAAUGCAGAUGGGAUUCUAAAGCUAAAUCAAACAAUUGCCGAUAGUUCUGCUUCUGGUUCUUCCGAAAAUUUGAGGAACCAAGGUGAGAAUCAAGUGGCAAUUAAACGGUUCAAGGAUCUGAGGCAAAAAAUAAAGCAUGUAAUCAAGGAGAGCAGACAAGAGAGACAUAUGAUUGCCAUGGAUGCCAUCCUUCACAAGGUUCCUCAUGGCCAAAAGCUUACUAAAGAAAUGGAGCAAGAGAUCAUUAACCAUUUGAAGGACCCUGCAAUGAACAGAGAAGGUAAAGACAGUCCAGCAAGCAGUUAUGAUAGCGAUCAUUCGGUUUCUACCAUCAAGAAAAAGCAACAGCACCACAUGAGAAGAGCGUCAUCACUCAAUGCAUCGCUAGAUAAGUACUGUGAGUUGUACGAGACUAGUUGCAACAGAGAAGCCAAAUGCCAAACAACAUCCGAGAGAUUGAAGUUGAGAAAUGAAAGGGUAGGCUCACCAUUACGUUCUGUUCCAAAAACGCUGGGGAGGAUUUUUUCGUUACCUGAAAUUAAAUCAUAUAAUUAUCAGAACGAGGAAUCUUCUGAUGUGUUUUCUUCUGGAGCUCCAAUUAGGGCUCUUGUGGAUGGAAAUGCAAGCAGAAGAAGUAGCUUUGAUGAACAAAACAGUGUACACCAUAGUCAUAGGUUCAGAAAAUCAUAUGCAGCUCGCUGCGCCUGUAGAAAGUGAGAUUAAAAAUUUCGCUGGCGGUGGUGAAUUCAAGGCAGUUUCCAGAGAUAAGAUGGCAUCAACAUCAGUUGUAAACAGUGAGAAAAGUGCUCCGGUGGAUUCAAUUGUUAACGAUAUUGAAAGCUUGAUAGAACCAUUUCCAAUCUCUUUGCCCGAGUUCAACGUUUCCCUCUCUGAAGGAGCAGAAAUUGAAGUAAAACCUCGAGAUGGAAUAGAAAGCUUGGCCAAGCUAGAGCAUGAUUCUCUUAUUGAUACACCUAAACCGGUUCACAUGGAUACGGAGAAGAUAGGAAGUCCAAUGAAGCACUUGAGGUACGAAAUGACUCAUGUCUGCGUUGAUGAAAGAGACAUGGCUGAAUUCAAUUAUGUGCGAGAUGUGUUGGAGCAAUCCGGAUUCAGUGGAAAUGAGUCCCUCGGGACAUGGCAUUUGGAUGAGCAGCCUGUUGAUCCUUUGAUGUAUGGAGACACUGAAGGCUGCUUGGUGCAUGAUCCUGAUUGUUCAGGAAACGAAGAAGGCGGGAAAUGUGAUCACUAUCUUUUGUUUGAUCUGAUCAAUGAGGUGCUGAUGGAGAUAUAUGGGAGAUCAUACAACUACUGUCCGAUGGCGUUGUCUUCCUUAUGUCACAUUCCUCUAAUGCCGGCAGGGCACCAUGUUUUGAAGGAAGUUUGGGCCCUUGUGAGUUGGAACUUGAGCUUGAUACCUGAGGUCGAUCAAUCACUGGAUUAUGCUCUGAGUCGAGACCUGGACAAGAACGACGGAUGGAUGAACCUCCAGUUUGAUUCGGAGUGCAUAGGGAUUGAGCUGGAGGACUUAAUUUUUGAUGAACUUUUAGAGGAAGUUCUCUGUGUUUGAGCUUGUGGAUGGAUCUGCCAACAGUUAUCCGAUAUGCUGCCGAAUUUUAAAAGAUGAUAUAUGUUCUAAACUACUGUCAACGUGCACGGAGGGGGGGAAUCCGAUCUUGGGUGUAGAUAAUUGAGUGCCUAGCCCUAGCUAAUUGGCCUAACCCACAUCUACAUCUAAUAUCGUACUAUGAACUUCACGAAGAACAUAGGGAAAAAUAUUAGGAAGAGAUAGAAUUCUUUUGAUAAUAUUCCCCAAAUACUUUAUGUGAAAUAUGAAAUUUGGUGUAUAUAUUUAAAAUUAGUGUUUUUGUGUCCCUCCGUUCUGAAUUUUGUGAGGAGAUUUGCUUGUAAUAGUAUACUUUCUACAAGAAUCAGACAGAAAAUAUUAUAUCAAUGGUGUUUGGCAUCUUCUAUCUA